AAGCGCUGCUGCUAGCGUGCUUCUUGGGAGGAACUUCUGGAGCCCCGAAGUUAGGGAGCUGCAAGCGGCCAGAGCGCGUGUUCAGCAAACCAAAAUGGCAAAAAGCCUAAGGAGCAAAUGGAAAAGAAAGAUGCGAGCAGAGAAGAGGAAGAAAAAUGCCCCCAAGGAACUUGCCAGAUUGCAGAGGAUCCUGAAAUCAAACACUGAUGUUAUAAUGGAUGAAAUAAAAGAAAUCGCAACUGUUGUUCCUGCUGAGAAAGUCACAGAGAAAAAGGAUCCCAAUGAUGAAACUAAAAUGGACAUGGAUACCAAAAGAAAUCAGAAAAGUCUUCUAGAUGAACAUGGACAGUACCCAAUAUGGAUGAAUCCCAGGCAGAGGAAGAAGCUUAAGGCAAAGCGUGGCAAAGGAAAAAAUAAGCCCAAAGUACUAAAGGGAUUAGCAUGGUAGGGUCUGAGUGAAUUUUAAGAAGUAGAAACCAAGAAUUAUAAUUAAAAAGUGAAGACCCUCCUCCCCCAAAUUAAGACCAUGUCACUAACCAGGUGCAAAAUACUGCAUCCUUGCUUCAGACUCUUGGAAAUGUCACUUCGGGAUAUAGUUCAUCUAAUAAAGUUGCAUUUAAUAUGCAUUUUGCAUGGAAUACAAUCAAAACAUAGUGAGCACAAUCCAAAAUGAGUGAAGUAAAUCUGUUUAAAACAUUGGAAGUCAAGUGCCCAGUCAAUUGUUUUAAAUCCCAUUGAUUUCAAUUUCUUUAGAGGUUACUGUGCUAAUCUGUUGCAGCAAAAACAAUGAAGACUUGUGACACCAUAAAAGACCAACAAAUUUGUCAUGGCGUAAGCUUCUGUGACUACAGUUAGUCUUGUAAUGUAUCAUAAGUCUCAUUUUCAUUUAAUAGAAUUUAGUCACAACUAACUCUGAAUUGUGCUCAACAUAAGUAAUAUCUACUUCAAUCAGUGCUGGUACAAAAACAAAAUUAAAAUAUUUUCCUGUUACCUCCAAUUCUUUCAUUUUGAACCUGUGCUGCUAUUUGGUGUAUAUGAAAUCAAUGGGUUUAACAAUCACAUCUGUAUUCUGGAUGGGGUCCAACAUCUGCUUUUGUCAUUAAGCUACCCUAAUUCAAUCUUUCUUUUAAUAGUAUGGAUGUAAUUGAUCCCAUUGGUUUCAGUAGGGAAAAACUAAGCAUAUACUGUGCAGUCAAAGCCUGUUUUUUUCUUCUUCUCAAGUUUUGUUGUAUUCAUUGGGGGCUUUUUUCCAUCUAAGAGUGCAUAGAAUUGCAGUCUCAUUCUUCCUCUGAAAUCAGUACAUCUUUUAGGCUGCAGUUCUAUACAUACCUAAGAGUAAGCCCUAUUUAAUUCCCUGGGGCUUACAUCUGAAUAGGCAUGACUAGGAUUGCACUGUAAUGCUGCAAUCCUAUGCACGCUUACUUGGUAAUAAACUCCAUUGAACUCAAUUAGACCUAGUUAUGAGUAAACAUGCAUAGGAUUGUGCUAUAAAUGUUCAGUCUCUGAAUUGUACUCUAAAUACUCAGAUUCAAAUAAAUACAUUAGAUGUGACAGGAUUUAAUAUUGCAAACUUAUCCAUAUGGUACUGGCAAGUGGUGCAUUGCACUUUUGAAAAACUGAAUGGAAUGUAAUUGAGCUUUAUUGCUUGAGAGGGUGGCUAAGUUUCUUUAUAAAUAAAUGGUUCAAAUGUG